AAUUUUUACGAAGGAGAGACCAAACAAAAUAGAAAAAGAAAAAGAAAAACAAUUUACCGAGAAAUUGACAUCUCCUUGAGUCCUUGUAGAUCUGCUCAUUUUCCGGUUCCUCCAUCAGUUCUCUUCGUUCCCGAGCUUCAACGCUCUUCGCAGUUGCAGCAAGUUGUGAAUUGAAUGGAGGGAACUGGAGGCGGCAGUGCUGCGGCUGCUGCGCCUGUGAACCAAUGGUGGCAAGACUUGUCCAAGAUCUUUCAAUAUUAUCUGGAUAAAUCUACACCGCAUGCUACCUAUAGAUGGAUUGGAACUUUGGUUUUGGCAUCAGUCUAUGCUUUGAGGGUAUUUUAUGUCCAAGGGUUUUACAUUGUAUCUUAUGGGCUGGGAAUCUACCUGCUGAAUCUGUUGAUUGGAUUUCUCACCCCUUUGGUUGAUCCAGAGCUGGAACCUUCUGAUGGACCUAUGCUGCCGACAAAAGGUUCUGAUGAGUUCAAGCCAUUCAUUCGUCGGCUUCCUGAAUUUAAGUUCUGGUAUUCUAUCACAAAGGCUUUCUGCAUAGCAUUUGUCAUGACCUUCCUUUCCAUUUUUGAUGUUCCUGUCUUUUGGCCUAUAUUGCUCUGUUACUGGAUUGUUCUCUUUGCCCUCACAAUGAGGCGCCAAAUUGCACACAUGAUCAAGUACAAAUACAUCCCGUUCAACCUUGGAAAGCAGAAAUAUGGUGGUAAGAAAUCUUCUGCAAGUGGCAGUGGCACACGUGCAGAAUGAAGCUUUGCCUUUUGAAACAAUACAGACUUUCUGAAUAGGUGAAAAGAAAUGUAGGUUGGUAGUUGAACUUUCACCCUUAUUUGAAGUAAUAUGUACUCAAUGUAUCAUGGAUGCCAAUGUCUGGAAGAAAAUUCAAUAGUUUGCAUUUGUUUUUGUGUUGCCAGAAGAAUAUGCUAAUGUUGUCGGUGAAUUUCACUGUAAGACGCAUCGGUAUGUUAUCCAGUUUUCGAUAUGACAGCAAAUGUCAAUGCGUUUUUUUCCCCGUCA